AUGAAAAGCUUCAAUUUGCCUUAAAUUUGUAUGAGUUCGACGCUUGUUAUAGAUUCAAUUAGGAUUUGAUGUUGAAAAGCAGUUUGAGAGAUUCUAGCACUUUUUUCAGGAGGAAGCUAGGUUUUGAAUUUCUUUACUUUUACGAAGAGAAAAGAUUCAAAAGGAUUUUAGAACCUUCGGGAUUUAAUUUUUCUCCGAAGUGUGUGAAUUUUGAUGACAGUUGUUGGGAUUGUUUUUGGAAGAGAAGGAUGGCUAUAUUGUUCUUCAUGCUUGAUUGCAUGGGAAAGAUGAAAUUUGGGUUUGGAGCUACUAAGGUGUAGGGGAAGUACGCUUUUUUAGUUUUUCUAUAUACAAGUUUGUUUUUGAGAUAGGCUUGGAAUUUAGGAUACUUUUGGGGUUUCUCACCGUUGAGCUGAGUCUUUGGUUUUAAUGGAUAACAUUGAGGAUGAUGCUAGAUAUCCUCCAAAUCCAUAUGGUGUUAGUCACCAGCAGGGUUAUGGUUCUUCGAGUCACCGAAAGUUUCCUGUUAGAAAUAUUCCAUAUUCUACAUCAUCUGAGAAUCAAUAUGUUAAUGACGAUGACGAUGAAGAUGAUGUGGAAGAUGAGGAGGAUUUGGACGGGGAAGAGAAAAAUCAUGACCAAACUAAUGGUGUUCGGUAUGUAGGAAAGAACAUGGAUGAUGAUGAAGACGACGAUGAGGAGGAGGAGCUCGAUGAUGAAGACUGUGAUAAACCAAAAGGCUAUAAUGAAAAGAACAAUGGUGUUGACUUGGAGAGGCACCCAAAAAAGAGGAAAUUUAAGAGUAUGAUGUCAAGUUAUGAAUUUGCUCCUCGUGUACCGGCACCAUCAGUUGCAGCUCCAUUGCCGUCGGUGCCAAAGCCCUCUCACGGUGGGAGGAAUUCUCUCACAGACUGGACUGAACGUGAGACAUUUGUUCUACUAGAUGCUUGGGGUGACUGUUUCUUGCAACGUGGGAGGAAGAGUCUUCGAUCUGAGGAGUGGCAGGAGGUUGCAGAUAAAGUUUCAGAGGUUUCGAGUAUUGAAAGGACUGACACCCAGUGUCGCAAUCGACUGGAUACAUUAAAGAAGAAGUACAAGAAGGAGAAGGCUAUGCUGGCAGAGACUGGUGCUACCACUAGCAAAUGGGUUUAUUUCAGGAAGUUGUAUAUGUUAAUGUCAACUCCUCCACAACAGGGUGGACUGUCUUGUGGUUUGGAAUCAGGUGAGGCUGUAUUUACGCCUAGGCCUUACUCGAGCCGAGCAAAUGGUAUGGACAAAAUGAGGGAUAGUCCAGCAAAUUCCGAAUCUGGUGAUAGUGACGAGGACAUCUCAGAUGGAUUGCCACCUAAAAAGAGAAGAUUUGGGAGGCAAUCUGAUGAGGGUUCUUCAUUCCGAUUGCUUGCGGAUUCAAUCCAUAAAUUCAGCGACAUAUAUGAAAAGAUUGAGAAUAGUAAAAGGCAGCAGAUGUUGGAAUUAGAGAAGAUGAGAAUGGAUUUUCAUAGAGAGAUGGAAAUGCAAAAGAGGCAGAUCAUGGAAAGUACACAAGCUGAAAUUGCAAAAAUACAGCAGGGUGAUGAAGAGGAUAACUCCACCGAGAAUGCCAGCGGGUAAUGCAUGCAAAACCCAGUUAUAUUCACCAUUUCGAUUCAAUGUUGAAUGCUAAAUGUUGUUGUAUAAUAUGUUGGAGCCUCUUGCCAAAUGCUAUUUUGAGUUAUAUUUUUAUUUUUUAACCAACAUUGUCACUUUUAAUGCUUUAGUGGUUAUAUUUCACCGGUAA